UCCCUCUGUUUCUUUCCCGAUAAAAGUUUUGAUGAAUGAAAAAUACGAUUCCGUUUCUUGCGUUUUCUCAGUAGCCAAACAGAAAUAUCGCUCGGUGUUUCAUACUUACGGAAUGGUCUUUGAGUUCUCUUUGUAAAUGAAGUUUUGAUUUCUCUUUUUCGUGCCCAGUGCGUUCCAGACGCUGAUUAUGAUUUACAGUGUUAAGGAGUUUUUGGAAGAUGGGGUUUAUAUACCCACUGAUGUGAAGGUGAAGCAGAUGAAGAGGGCGAUGCCGGACUGCGUGACGGUGCAGAAGAAGUUUAGCAAGGAUAGGGAUCCGGUGGCGACUGCUUAUGAGGUUAGGGAUAAACCCUCGGCGUUGAAGGCGGAGGAUUGGGACUGGGUUGUGGUGGUUUUCGUCUUGUCGAGAUUUUCGAUAAGAUUAUGGGGUUUUUCAUGCGAUUCGAAGAUGAUAGUGUGGAGUUAGCAACGAUUGUGAACCUGUGGAAUGUGAAGAUCAUCUCGAUUCCUUGUCCGCAGUGAUAUGCCUCUCAGAGUGCUUGCCAAGUUUAUUGGGGUUCAACUUGUUAACUUUCAUAUUCAAUUGUAUUUCAAGAACACUGUACCUCCCAUUGAGGCUUUGAUGUCUGAAUUUGAUGCGGAGAAUAAGGGUGACAAUGGAGAUGUUCACACAACCUACACUGGCAAAGGGAAAGGAGACGACUCUGAAUCAUUAAUGUGUUACCACUUACCAAGGACUAAGAGUAGAGCUGCUGCAAGGAGUGACAUAAUUACUCGCAGGGUCAAGGGGAGGAAGGUAUUUGUCGAACUAACAAGCCAAUCUGGAGUGACAUAAUUCCUAUAGGAUUAUAGAUGGUAUAAAUGUUUAGGAUUAUGUAUAUAUGUUUAAAUACCAGAAGUGAAAUACAUUCUUCAUUCUCAAAGAAACCAAAUAAAUGUUUUUUUGAUUUGUGAAUUAUGAAUAGUAUCAGUGAGGUUGGAUUGUUAUUUUAGUUUGGAACCUAUAGUGAAUUUCACAUGAAAUAAUUUUGGUGAAGUUAUUAAAAA